AUGGUGAAUCACUCCGCCAUGGCUCCUGAGUCUUCUGUGGUUGACCUUCAGUCAACCUCAAAGGCUAUCCAGCGACAGGAUACCUCGCAGUCUGUCCAACGACAGGAUACUUCACAAUCUGUCCAGCAAAAGGAUACCUCACAUGCUGCCCAGAAAGAAGAACUCAAUGCGGAUUAUGACGUCGGAACCAAGAUCUGGGAAGCUAUCAAGGAGAUACCCAUCAUCUUAAGCAAAGAUGAACUCUCGUGGCCCGAAGACAUGUCCAGCCUGGCUGCUGAGCUUGAUGUUCUGGGGACGAUACAGAACGAGAACAGGGAUCACAAUAUGCAGCACAACGGCAAUAUUGAGAUUCUGAAUACACUUCCUAUGGCUCAUCCGGGCAUCGUUCCCAACAACCGUCAAGCCCUGGAGGUAAAUGCAAGCCAAGACGCCCAACAAGACUUCUCAUCUCAGACACAAUACUAUGCACAGUGUCCCUCCAUGUAUGGUGUCCAAGGAUUCGCCGCCACAGCGCUUGGCGCUCCAGCGCAGCCAGUCACUCAAGGAUAUCCAGUCCAUCAGGUGUAUUCAACGCCCCAGCUUUAUCCAGGCCACCAGAAUUGUAUGCCUGUGGCAGCAGACCGGAAUCUUCAACCCAUCCAGAACAAUCACCUCGGCCAGGCUCCCCAGGUAAUUCAGAGCAACCAGGUCAGCCAGGGCAACCCUUACCAGAGAAACCCCUACCAGAGCAACCUUUACCAGAACAACCCGUUCCAGAACAACGAGUUCAGCCAGAGCAACCAGCUCCAGAGCAACCAGCUCCAGAACAACCAGCUCCAGAACAACCAGCUCCAGAACAACCAGCUCCAGAGCAGCCAGCUUCACCCGAACGGUCAGCUAGUUCAGGCUCCCCCAGCCAGCUCGAGCAGAGACAACACUUUCAGCAGGGAGUGGUUUGAAUCAGAUCGGCGAAUCCAGCAAAGCAACGUCCAUGGAGAAUAG